CGGAAGUUUUUUUCCCCUUCCAUAAACGUUGCUGUUUGCUAGCUUCGAGAAGCUGUACAAUAGAAGAAACGAUUAUGUUAUAAACAUUUGCAUAUCUGCAUAUUUGUUUCUGUGUAACAACAGUGAUUUUAUUUGAUGAGCAAUGUCUAACAUCGUUUCUUUUAGUACACAAAUAGGUGCAAUCAUGGAUGUGCUAGCAAAGGCAGCUGUUGCAGAAAUAACCAAAUUUGUAGACGAGGGUACUGUCGUUCUACGGCUGGAAAUGUGUCGGAAAGAAAAUGAGAUAGAAGGCCUUAAAAAUAGUUUACAGCUGAUGGAAAGAGAACUGAGGAAAGCUCAAAGGGAAGCAGCAGCACGAGGGACAAAUGACAGGCAACAUGCUGAAGGAAUUCAGCUUGGGAGUGGGACCUCACAAAAAGGUAAUGAAGAAGACCAGAAAUCCAAAGCCACGCCUGUAGAGGACCCGGAGAAGUUCAAUGAGCUGCAGAGCUCAGGACACAUUGUGGAGGCGAGGGGUGGACUGGAGUUGCUGGUGAAAGCAGAGCAGGUGGAAAAACAUGUAGCCCAGGGAACUGUACAGGACCCAGGAAUCACAGGCAGUUUGGACUUUAGAAUGGAUGAGAGAGAUAGUCAGCUGUGGUUCUCUGUUACACAGGGACUAAGUGGGAAUGAUUCCACUCACCCAGAUGGGUCUUACACUACAGAGAGAUGCUUACAGAUGUUUUCCUCUCAGGCAGAUCAAUAUCCCGCUCCCAUCCCAUCCCAUCCUGCUUCCUGCAACUCUUUGUCUUCUGCAGAGAAACCACUUAAUGACAUUUUCAGCACUGUCCCAGUGAAAGUGGAGCCCGCGUGGCAUCCUCUUUAUCAUGGCGAUGCCAUGUCUGAGUCCUUUCAAGCUGACCAGGGGCAGUACAGAGAUACUCUGCACCCUGUUGUGAUGGAGGGCUUGACUUUACAGCCUAGACUGCAGCAGCCAGGACCUUCUUCACAAGGGCUCAUGAGAGCAACUGAGAACACAUCUGAGUCAAACUCACACAGCAAUGAGCAUAUUCUUAAUAAGAACAGAUUGAAAACAAAAAGAAUGGUCAACGUUUGGAGAGCUGUACCAAACCAAAAAGUGUUCAUAUGCUCAUUGUGUGGAAAGAGCUUCCACCGCCACUGUCAACUUGAAGCACACCAGCACUCUCAUGCUGGAGUCAAACCAUAUAGAUGUCUUGAGUGUGGGAAAAGUUUUACGCAGAAAACCAGACUUAAGUCCCAUCAGAGUGUUCACACGGGUGAGAGACCUUUCAGUUGCAGACUCUGUGGCAAGAUGUUUGCAAGGCAAGACAACUGCCAAAGACAUGAGCGAUUUCACAGUGGACAAAAGCCAUUUAGUUGUGUGCAGUGUGGUAAAAGUUUCACGGUUCUCGGUAACCUCAAAAUACAUCAAAAACAUCAAUGUAAAUUUGCCAAUGUAAGAAUGUAAGAACAUGUUGUUCAGUGUUUUCCUCAGCGUUGUACAGUUAACCCGAACUGUGUCUUCUUGAAAAACAUGUUUAACAAUUAUUUCACCCUACUACUAACAACUCGAGAACUUCCAAUUGUUUUUUUUUUUUCAUCUUGACGUUUAUUUAGGAAAUUACAGAGCUCAAAAAAGGGAUGCCAUAUUAGAAUGGCAAUUUGCCUGGAAUUUUUACUAAUCUCAACAAUAUGACAUAAAUCACUUGAUAUGCUUCAAGGGCUUUAUAGGAAAGUAAGCAUUGUUAAAUGAGGAUGUCAAAUUUGAACAAAUCAUUGUCAUUUUGUGUGUCAUACCAUGAAUGUUAAAUGACAUCCAAUUGAAUGGAUUUUCAGGUUGUAUAUAGUGCACUCGGGGCCGGCUCCAGGCAUAAGCGGUCAUUUGGGGCUCCUGGGGGGGGACGGGACUCUGUCGUGGUCUCAACUUAGUUACUAUUGAGAGUAAGAAUAGUAAAAUAUACCAGGUGCAAUUUAGAAAUGUGCUUGUGCACCAGCAGAUUGUUCUCUUGUUAAUUCAGUCAAUCAAUUUGCUGAGAAUUACGGAGGAGCUGCACCAGGAUUACACGUGCACAAACCGUGAACAGGACGUCAGCGCUGUGACUUUACCUGCGUGCGUGGAAUUAGAUCAGUAGCACUUGGUCUCUUCUGCAAGGAAUAUAUUGACUUUGCGUCCAAUAUGGGUAGACCAGUGGAGGCUGCUGAGGGAGGACGGCUCAUAAUAAUGCCUGGAACAGCGCAAAUGGAAUGGCAUCAAACCAUGUGUUUGCUCUAUUUGACACCAUUCCGCUCCAGCCAUUACCACAAUCCUGUCCUGUCCAAUUAAGGUGCCACCAACCUCUUGUGGAGUAGACUAUAUGAUAACAACCAUCUGCAGUCAAUUAACCUCGCUCAUUAAUCAACAAUUGAACAGUAGCUGGCGAUACUCUGCAGGCCAUAAGAAAUGCACAUCAAUUGAUUUUGUUGAAGAAAAACAAAGAGGAAGAGGCAAAGCGAGAGGGUUCUUUGGAAUUACUUUUGUGCCUUUCAUUUCAAGCAAACGUUUUGAAUUCGAGAACAAAUUUGUUAGUGUUACUCGAAAAAUGAUGAUAUUGAAAGCAAAACAUUAACCCAAUAGUAUUGAGAGCAGAAUAAAUAAUAUUGAAAGGCAAGAACAAAUUAAUUGUAAAUUAAUGCAAAAAAUAUAUAUAUGAAUGCCCCCCCCCCCAUUUUUUUUUGUGAAACAUGUUUUCAAUGAUCGCGUGAUUGCGAUGAAAGGCUUCCAUUUUUGCCUGCAAUUUUUGGUUAUGUUACCUUGUCCUUUGCUUUUGCUGCCUUCUUUUGCAGUUGCAAAGUUUUGGCACAUUCAUUUAAUUUAAGCUGGUUUAAGAGGGAGCCUAAAAUGAUGCUAUUCUAUUGGUCAACCAGUUUUGGAGUGAUAGGCCAGCCUCACUCAAUGAUCCAGUUUGUUUAAGUCCUAGCUACAUAUACUGUAUAUACAAAAGUAUGUGGCCACCUCUUCAAAUUAGUGGAUUUGUCUAUUUCAGCCACACCCGUUGCCGCGUGUAUAAAAAUGAAAAUGUGUCUCCAUAGACACACAUUGGCAGUAGAAUGGCCUUACUGAAGAGCUCAGUGACUUUCAACAUGGCACCGUCAUAGGAUGCCACCUUUCCAACAAGUCAGUGUAUCAAAUUGCUGCUCUGCUAGAGCUGCCCCGGUCAACUGUAAGUGCUAUUAUUGUGAAGUGGAAAUGUCUAGGAGCAACAACGGCUGAGCCGCAAAGCCGCGAGCAUCGGCUGUAGUGGUGUAAAGCUCGCCGCCAUUGGACUCUGGUACAAAUUCUCUGGAGUGAUGAAUCAAGCUUCACCAUCUGGCAGUCCAACAAACAAAACUGGGUUUGGCGGAUGCCAGAAGAACGCUACCUGCCCGAAUGCAUAGUGCCAGCUGUAAAGUUUGGAGGAGGAAUAAUGGUCUUGGGCUGUUAUUCAUGGUUCAGGAUAGGCCCCUUAGUUCCAGUGCAGAGAAAUCUUUAACGCUCCAGCAUACAAUGGCAUUCUAGAAGAUUCUGUGCUUCCAACUGUGGCAACAGUUUGGGGAAGGCACUUGCCUGUUUCAGCAUGACAAAUGCCCUCGUGCACAAAGCGAGGUCCGUGCAGAAAUGGUUUGUUGAGAUUGAUGUGGAAGAACUUGACUGGCCUGCAUAGAGACCUGACCUCAACCCCAUCAAUCACCUUUGGGAUGAAUUGGAACGCCGACUGUGAGCCAGGCCUAAUCGCCCAACAUCAGUGCCCGACUUCACUAAUGCUCGUGGCUGAAUGGAAGCAAGUCACCACAGAAAUAUUCCAACAUCUAGUGGAAACCCUUCCCAUAGGAGUGGAGGCUGUUAUAGAAGCAAAGGGUGGACCAACUACAUAUUAAUGCCCAUGAUUUUGGAAUGAGAUGUUUGACGAGCAGUUGUCCACAUACUUUUGGUCAUGCAGUGUAUCAUGUCUAGCUGCAUUGUAGCUAAAUUCACCAUAAAACAAAACAGAAUUGCAAACUAAAUUGGUAAAUUAAACCAGAUUUCAAUUUCAUUGUAAGUCAUACAAAAAGUCAUAAACAAACGUGUUAAGUUUUUUUCUGAUAAUCUGACAAGGGAAAAAAACUGUUUGCUCUGUAAGUUUUUAUUUAGAAGAUGAAAGGACAUUUGAGUAGUUUGUUUUUCACUGUAAAAAAACAAACAAAGUUCUCACUUUUUUCCUGUAAAGCUGCUUUUCCUCAUUUCAGACUGUGGCCUAAAGACAAAAACUAUGUUACCAAAAUGAUACAACAGAAAACAAUAGGGCCACAUCAUUAGCUAGGCUUCCAUCUAACUGGCAACAGAUUUUCAUGUGAAUAUUUUAAAAUCUGCAUGAAUAAAAUAUGCACCUUUUCUCACCAGAGAUGUGUUUCCAUCACAUUGACUUGUCGCGGAUAAAAAUCUGUGCAAGAUGACGUAGUGCACAUAAAAUUUACUUGAGCAAUUCUAUUCCCAUGUACCAAAUAAAAAAUACAAGUUAAGUGU